AUGGGGAGGCGGUGGCUGUCCUUUGUUGUAGGCGCCGCCUUAGCUGGCGCCCUGCUGCAGCCAGCAGCAGAAGCAGCAGCAGAAGCAGCAGAACAGCAGCAGCAGCUGCAGGAGCAGCAGGAAGAAGCCAAUGCUGUCGAUAUCACUGCCUCUACAUCUGUCGACGAAGAUGAUGUAGAAGCCCUUCCUCCUCUAGAAGUCUCUUCCGAGGAGAUAGAGCACUCAGUGCACCAUCAGCAGCAGCACAAAGCAGAGGAGCAGCUGCAGGAGCAGCAGCAGCAAGAACAGCAGCAGCAGGAAGAUCAGCAGCAACAGCAGGAUCAGCAGCAGCAGCAGGAUCAGCAGCAGGAUCAGCAGCAGGAGCAGCAGCAAGAGCAGCAGCAAGAGCAGCAGGAGAAUGAAGAAGAGAUGCUGCUUGGGGCUUUACGAAUGGAUACGCUUCUGCGAUACAUGACAGAUAUGCAGAGACGCUUUCUUUUAGCUGUACUACCUGAUUCCUGGGCAGUACCUAAGUUUAUCCCUUCAGCAAGCUCUGAAUUAGAACAAGUACAGCGCUUCUUAAAAGAUUUAACAGCAAGAGCAGGGGCCCCUAACCCUUCUGCUGUUUUAAUUGAAUUAGCAGAGACAGGAAAGCUGUCUUUGUUGCUGCAACAAAACCCUAAUCUACCUGCAGCACUUAGAGAUCUUAUUGCUGCAUGUGUGGGGCCCCUCAGAGGCCCUUUCUCUGUCUCUCUUCCUUCAUUAGAUUUUAUUGAUCUAAAUGCUGUCACGCAAUUAUUUAAACUACCAACCGAGUUUGAAUAUCCGGUGUCUCCUGAGGGUUUGUCUUUGUUUAUCCCUGUGGUAGUAAAGAGACAAGCAGCAGCAGCAGCAACAGCAGCAGCAGCAGCAGCAGAUGAAGGACCAAAGACAGGAGACAGCAGUCUCCUUGCUAAUAUCACAGAUAUCUAUAUCCCCGUUGUCUCUCAUCAAGGAGACAUUCUUUUUGCUGAUGCAUUUACAAUUCUUAAAGGCGUUCAUCUACCUGCUAGACUUCCUCUUCAACCCCUCGCCACCUUCUCUGCCUAUCAGAUCGAAGACACUUCAGGGCUGUGGGCAGCAGUAAAGGGCCCCGUACUUAGUCGGCUGUCUGUGCUAGGGUAUGAAGCAGAGUCUCUCUUCGGCCCGGUGCUGAGCUUAGUGUCUCUUCCUCGCAUUGCCCUGUCUCUAAAUGGAGAGACAGCAGCAGCAAACGCUCAGCAGCAGCAGCAGCAGGAUCAGCAGCAGCAGGAGCAGCAGCAGCAGAAGGAGCAGCAGAAGCAGCAGGAGAGCUCUCUGUCUAAGAUAGUUUCUACUGUCUCUUCACAACUUAAACAGUCUCUAAAGAGUCUCCCUGAGAUUGUCUCCAAAGAGACACAUACACCCCACACCCCAAUCUUUGCUGCAGAGACACCUGAAGACUUCCUUAACCUCAAGUUCCUCAACUUCACUCUCCCUAUUGUCGGGGUCCCCCGCGAGCUGGCACCGGGUGUCUUUACACCUCUGAAGUUCUUUAGUCAGUGCAGCAGCAACGACUGCCCGCUUGGGCUGUCUCUUCCUUCCUUCCCCACGUUUCUAGUGUCUCCUGAAGCAGCUGUCUCUAAACUGCAGCAGCGCGUAGAGGUGCUUUCAGCAGACCUCCAACAAGCAGUUGAAACCCUUAAACAAAAAAUUAACUCUUCUUUACCUCAAGGACUUGCAACCGCUGCAGACCCUCAAGGAGGGCUCAGCAGUAUGCAGCAUACCCUGGUGUUUGACACCGCUUCUCAAACUCCUCACCUUUGA